CCUCCUUUCUAUAUCUUCAUCUCUGUCUCUUUCUUUCCAUCAUCAUUUCUCUCUACGUCUCUGUCUUCCUUUCUCUCUUCUUCUAUCUGUUCUUCUCAUCUCCUGCUGUCUCUCUGUGUGUUUCUUCCUCUCUAUUUCUCCCUAUCUUUCUUUCUCUUUGCCUCUUUCUCCCUCUGUCUUCCUCUCCCUUCAUCUAUCUUCAUCUCUCUCUACCUCUAUCUUCAUCCCUGUAUCUUCAUCUGUCCCUCCAUCUGUCUUCCUCCCUUUCUCCCUCUAUCUUCCUCUAUUUUCUUCCAUCUAUUUUCAUCUGUUUAUCUUCAUCUCUUCCUACCUCUGUCUUCCUCUUUCUUUCCCCCUGUCUUCCUCUCUCUCUCUCCUUCUCUCUGUCUUCCUCUGUCUCUCCUUUUAUCUUCAUCCUGUUUAUUCUUCUAAUUUUCUCUCCCUCUCCUCCUUUUAUCUUAAUAUCUCUUUCCCUUUAUCUUUAACUUUUGCACUUCCUUCAUCUCUCUCUUCCACUAUCUUUCUCAGUCUCCUGCUAUCUUCAUCCCCCUCUCUCUGUCUUCAUCUCUUCUUUCUCUUUCUAUCUUCCUCUCUCUCUUUCUAUGUAUGUUCCUCUCUCUAUCUUCACUGUUUAUCAUCAUCCCUUUUUGUCUGGCUGUAUCUCUCUCUUGCUCUCUCUCUCCCUCCCCCCCCCCUCUCUCUCUCUUUCUCUCUCUCUCUCAUUUCAACUCUCUCAGUUCAAAUUCACCCUUUUCUUGUCAUGCCUUUCUCUCCACCUAUAGUCCACGUCUUCUUUCCCUGCCUCUGUCUUCUUCUAUCUAUCUAGCUAUCUGUCUAUCUUAUACUCCUUUUCUCAUGACUCUUUCUGUCGUUCCAUCUCUCUCUCUCUCUCUCUCUCUCUCUCUCAGUCUUGCAGGUUUAAACUGGUCUUUAGUCAGAGCCGUGUAUUUUUCAUGAGACUCGGGUGUCACUUCGGUGAACGUAGCUGAGAAAACGACUGGAAUGAAUGAAGGCUGAAGCGUCUGUGUUUGCCUGCUGAAGGAGUCGAGCGCUGCAGCUCGAGUUCAACACGGCCACUUCCUGAUGAUGACAGUAAACAUGGAUGACGGUCUUCACAAUGGGCCCGGACAGCACAGGAACAUGCAAGAUGACGAGGAGGCUCUUAACUCUAUCAUGAAGGACCUGGCAGCCCUGCGCUGCUGUUACCAGCUCAACAGCAGCACCAGCCACAAACCCAAAAGCAGGACCCCGAGCUACAGACAGGAUUUGCGCGUGAAGCUGGAGCAUGAGCGAGAGAAACGGAUCAUUCCUUUCCAGAGGCCGCUGAAGUUCAGAGAGCUUCUGCAGAAAGUGACGGAGGCCUUUGGUCAGCACAUGGAUCUUUACUACACUGACAGAGAGACGCUCGUAGCUCUAAAGUGUCAGGAGGAUUUGGACCGAGCUGUGUCGAGUUUGAACUUCAGUUCAGGAGCAAAGGGUGUGCUGAGAAUUGUGCUGAAAACUCCUACUAACAACCACUUCCUGCAGGUGAACAGCAGAGAUAAGCAGAGUGAGAUGAGGUCGUCUCGGUCUCUGGGAGACCUGAAAGGUUCUUUACUCAAAGGAUCCGAGCGAGUGCGCAAACACUCCACAGGCUCUCUGCACACAGGGAGGAGUUCCCCACCGCCGGGCAGCGUGCCCGAGGAGCAGCAGCAGAUUGCUCGCCAGGGCUCCUACACCAGCAUCCACAGCGAGGGAGAGUUCAUCCCCGAGACGCCAGAUCCCAACGUCAUGGACCCUUUCGGAAGUGCCGAUGGUUCCCUCUCCAGCAGCUGCCAGUCCCUGGACCAAGCUCUAGACAGUCCUCCGUUCUCCCAGAAUAACCGUGACAACAAUUACCUGAACCUCAACUACGACUAUAAAGGCCGACACGGGAAGCACGGGACUUUCCCACGGCAGUUCCACUUAACCAAUCGCAGCAAGGACUACUGCGACGGUCGUAGCACAUUCCCACGCAGCUUCAUGCCGCAGGAGAACCUGUUCCAGCUGGUGCCGUCGAGCCGCACACGCAGCUACAAUGGAGACAGCACGCUGCCGUACAGCGGAGACCUCCACUCGCUCGGCUGGAGCGAAAAAAGCAGCCAGCGCAGUACUGCUAAAUCUCCGCGGGCGCCAGUGAACUGGCGUCAAGGGAAGCUGCUGGGCCGUGGAGCCUUCGGCGAGGUUUACCUCUGCUAUGAUGCCGACACGGGCCGAGAGCUGGCGGUUAAACAGGUGCCCUUUGACCCUGAUUGUCAGGAGACCAGCAAGGAAGUGAACGCACUUGAAUGCGAGAUCCAGCUCCUGAAGAAUCUCCGUCAUGAGCGAAUUGUCCAGUACUACGGCUGCCUACGUGACCCCGACCAGAGGAAGCUGUCCAUCUUUGUGGAGUUCAUGCCUGGGGGCUCAAUAAAAGACCAGCUAAAGGCGUACGGUGCUCUGACAGAGAAGGUGACGCGCAGAUACACCAGACAGAUCCUGCAGGGAGUCUUCUACCUCCACAGCAACAUGAUCGUCCACAGAGAUAUCAAAGGUGCUAACAUUCUGAGGGACUCCUCCGGAAACGUGAAGCUGGGAGACUUCGGUGCCAGCAAACGCAUUCAGACCAUCUGCAUGUCAGGCACAGGCAUUAAAUCAGUCACUGGCACCCCCUACUGGAUGAGUCCAGAGGUGAUCAACGGAGAGGGCUACGGCCGCAAAGCUGAUGUCUGGAGCGUAGCUUGCACGGUGGUGGAGAUGCUCACCCAGAAGCCGCCAUGGGCCGAAUAUGAAGCGAUGGCGGCCAUUUUUAAAAUCGCCACUCAGCCCACGAAGCCCAACCUGCCCGAGGGUGUAUCGGACGCGUGCCGGGAUUUCCUACGCCAGGUCUUCGUGGAGGAGAAAUGGCGUCCCACCGCAGAGGUGCUGCUCAGCCACCCGUUCGUCCAGGGCGGCUUCUGAUUCGCUCCGGACCCUGAAAUUCCCGGAGACGCCCCCUGUGCCAGUCCACUCCUGCCCACUAAUGAUCACCACUCUGCCUUCAUCCAGGGGAAACUGGCGCCUGUUCCAGCCCACUCAGAACAAAGCAGACUCCUCAGCAAGGGCUGUGUAUCUCAGACACUCCCACCACACACACACACACACACACACACACACACACACACACACACAGACACACACCUGUUAAGCAGCGUUAUACAUCUGGGUUGAGGCUGUAGAGUCCUGUGGUCUACAGAUUUAUCUGCAUUAAACACACACACACACACACACACACACAUACACACACGCAGAUUCACACACACACACACAGACACACAUACACACAGAGCAGGCAUGGCACAAAGAAGCUGUUGUUUACAAUGACAUUCAAACACAUAAAUAGUGACAUGUCUAAUUGGCUUUGCACAAAUAAUAAAGUACACAAGAGGAAGGUUUAGAGCUUGGAUUAGAUUUUUUAGAUUCUUUUUAGCCAAGCUCAUUCGGUUUUAUCCGCCAUGUAGGAAUGAGGUUUAUCAGGACCACUGGUCUCUUAUUGAUUCAUUAGUGAUAGUGGCUAGAAGGUUGUGAGUUCAAAUCCCAGAACUGCCAGAGAGCGAUGACUGGGCCCUCAAACAAGACUCUUAACCCUCAGCCUGCUCAGCUCUGUGCUUGGAUUGGAUUAAUCACUGAGAAAGUUAAAGGAAUACCUUAGCGUUUAUUUUUAACAUAAUCUCUAUCCAUCUGUAGCGUAUAUGUGAUUACAACAAACAUUUUUACUGACUCUGCGUUGAUGCGUCUGGAAAGAUUACACUGUAUUUUAACUUCUAUAAAAUGACCAGUAGAAAUAACACCAGGUCAUAUAUUCUGUCUGAAUUGAUAUGUUUGCCAUUAUAUCAUGUGGGAAAAGAAGUUUCCACAAAACGCUCACUGUUUUCUAUCAUCUAAAAGCAAAACGUAACCAAGUCCGAGUUUAAAAUGCAGAACAAUAAAAUAUAGAUGACGUUUAAAAGGACUUGUCAAACAAGCCACACUACUGGGGGGUUUUAGGUAUGUACCAGGUACAGCCUACAUACAUGUGAGGGUCAUGUGACCUACUAGUGGUCACAUGCAUUACUUGUGGCCACGCCCCCUACAACAAGCACUUCUAAUGAUAAUCAGAGCGAUCAGUUUGUAUUAAAAUGAUGUGUAUGUAGCACACAUGGAUUUUUUAAUGUGACAAUCAUGCGUACAUCUCUGAUUUAUCCCGUGCGUAUCAGUCCUAUCUUCUACAGACGUCAUCCGACUUAAUACAUACAUUUACAGAAAACGAAUCCGAUCUGAAUCGGCACAUUUCCCUGUACUGAGAAAAGAAAACCUGUUUACUCCAAACUCGUAUUAAUGGAAGCCUAAGCAAGGUUGUUGAUAUAAUAUAUAUUAUAUUAACAAAUAUAUAUUUAAAAUAUGAACUAUACAGUCAGCUCCAUAAUUACUGGCACCCCUUGGUAAAGCUGGAUAAAAAAGCUUAUGAAAAAAUUAAACGUCUUUGUGGUUAAUGAACUCAUCUCACACCCCAAAUAUGAGAGAAAUCUAACCUUUACCUGAAGUAUUCUAAGAAAAUAAAAACCCUUAUCAAAAUGUAUUUUAGCUCAUUUUAAUUAUUGGCAGCCCUAGAAAUUCUGAACAUUGUGAAAAUAAUGUAAUUGAAGUAUGUUCUCAUUUAUAUUUAUCAUGUAUUCAUAACCGAAAAUUAUUCUGUCUGUAAAAGUAAUCACAUCACAUUUGUCAUGAGGACAAAUUAUAUACAUUUAGAGCAUAAAUUAGUAAUACCUUUGGCUGAAAUGUUUCACAUGAUACUCUACUAAAUUUAACAACUGUGUUUAAACUUUCAUUAUAAGUGAGUUUUGAGUAAACAGUUGUUUUUUUUUUCUCAGUACAAAGUAACCUGUCGUUUGAGGUAAUCACACACACUACAGUGGAAAUGCAUAGAGAUUACUUUGAAAAAUAAUGGAGUACUCCUUUAAAUGUAUGGUGCAAGUAUUCUAGAUUAGGAUGUCGAGUUUGCAGAAAUCAAACAUUGUGAAUAAGAGUUCAUUUUAAGACUCUCGGCCAUGAAAUGUGGCUCGGUAGAAAUGCAGCAGAAUAAAUGUUUACUGCCUUUAAUAGAUCCAAAUUAACUCCCUCCCCCCUCACACCCUCGGGUGAAAUUUGUUCAUAAUGAAUUUAGUGCCGUUGAUUGGAGUCCACACCAACGGCCUGGAGCAAAUCGAUACUGUAAGAUACUCUUUGAGUAAUUUCUCUUAAGCUCACUGUGUGAUGGUUAGAAUCUAACCAAGGGGAAAAAUGGCACAGAGCCGCACUUGUACGACCACCACAUAGGUAAAUCCAGAGGAACAGAUGUGUGUUUCUUCCAUGCAAGUCUGCACUGUGCUCUCAGCUAACAAUCAUCAUGGAUUAUUAUUUUUUUAUUUUUUAUUUUUUACAUGAUAUGAGGUUAAUAGCUCAUUCUGUUAUUCGACGUUUGGAAGCACUCGUAUUUUAAUCACUGUAGUGGUUGCGCAUUUUGACAUGUGUAUCCAUCCAAUUUUGACAUGCAGGAUAAUCAGUUGAGAUUUGAAGAAACUUAUUUUUAUAAAUAUAUAUCAGCGUUUUUUUAUCCUGGUUUUUGUAUUAUUUUAAAAGAAUGCUUACUGCGUCUAAGCAAUAGUACUGAGGAAUACUAUAGUGUGACUGAAUGAUCAACAUUCCUCAUAGGUUCAGUCAUUUAUUCAGACCUGAGUGUAUUCUUAUCGUCAGAAACAACCAAAGAGCACAUUUGCAUAGAGUAUGCAGCUAUGUCUGGAGGUUAGGUCUGUUUUUACAAUUUUUACAAUUAUUACAAUUAUGGGUGUGACUGUAUAUUGGUAUGAAGGUAUAAUAAAAUUUAAAAGUUUCACUUUUAACAAAAAAAAAAAAAAUCUGUAAUAGUCACAGUCAUUUCCAUGUGCAAUGCUGUAGGAUGUCAUCUGCAAAACCCAUGUCUUAUACAUGAAGACUGUCCAAGUCCAUUGAAAAAUACUUGCUUUAAACUUGAUUUCAAAAUCUAUUGCAAAGUGCUUGGACCCCUAAAUCACUGCUUGCAGCUAUUUUUAUCCUAGCACCAUUGUGGCAGUGUUACGACAUAAUGUCAUAAUUAGUGACUGUAUGUAUCAAAAACCAUUAUAAUGGUUUGUGCAAUGAGCAUAUCAUAAUUAUUCAUACCCUUUCACCCAUAAUUGUAUUAUACCAUAGGAAAUGUGGUAUUAUUAGGAAAUUUUGAGGUAAUUUUGUUUAAAAAAAAGAAAAGAAAAGAAAAGAAAAGAAAAAGAGGCUUGACAUCCUUCAGUGAAGAUUCCGUCAUCAGUGUUGUGUGGGAAUCAGAAACAUUUGUUGCUGCAGUACUUUUUUUCUAUACAGAAAUACAAAUGUCCUCCAGUUUGUUGAUCACCCUGACCUGUGCCUUCUCCAUAGGAGCUAUUCCUGUUUAUUAUUAUUUUUUUUUUAUGAAAAUGACCACAGUCGUUUUUAAUGGUGCGUUCACUUGUCCUUGUUAAAGACCGUGAGUGAUGCUGUAUUUUUGAUAUACAGACUUGCUAAGGUGAUAAAGAUUGUAUUGUAAGUACAGAGCUUAUAGGAAGCUAGACACCUUUUAAAAUCAUAAAAGCCUGAGACUGAUGUUUAAACAUAUUCCAUUGAUAUACAGCAAAAUGCAGUGCAAAGGACUUUAAGUUUAAACUUAUCAGGGGAAUUAAUUCUAAAAAUUAAAGAAGCAGUUUGUAAAUUUUAGAAGUGCUGCCUGUGAGGUAAAUUGUAAUUGCAGUGAAAACAUUGGCAAGACUUCGCCUCAUCCCCUAACCAACCCCCACCCCUGUGCUGAAACUAUAUAUACCUGUUGGCUUUUCUUUUUCUAUAUGAACUUCCUAGGUAAUAGUGGUGGAUCUGAGAUGAUCUUUUUUUGGGGUGAGGGUAAGGCCGGAAAUGUCCAGGCCAGAAAAAUGUAAACUUAAAAUGAAACUAGCCAAAUCCAUUGCAUAGCAAUAUCACACAUUUUGUCUAAGGUAUCUUUGAAAUUGAUUGUGAUUAUUACAGAUGUAGAUGCACUUUUAAAAAUGACAAACUUGACCUUUAAAAAAUAUUCAUCGUAUAAGUAAUUAAUGAUGUUACCAAGACAGGUAUGAAACGCCUGAUACACCUGAUACAACAUCACCAGUGCACACGUCUGUGCCUUACACACAUUAGGAGGAAACUAGAAGGAAGAAAAUAUGUAUGUAUUUGAGGUUUGUUUUCAAAAACAGUGUUAAUGUUCUGUCACUUAACCAUCUGACCAAGUGCCAGAGCAGAAAAUCUGAACCGAACCGGCGAAAAGGGUGUCUAUGUUUUCUGUAAGCACUGUACAGAUUGUACUGCACUUUUUACAAGAUGUUUUAUUAUAUUCCAGAUACUUUAGUCAUGAUAUUACCGAAACUUGUAGAGCUGGAUUUUUUCUGAGUAAAUGAUAAAAUGACCUCCAAGGUUUUUGAAGGAGGCUAGGAAUGAAAAAUUCUUUAUUGCCUUUAUGAUAAAACCAGAACACAUUUAUUCUGAAAGUGAUUUUGUACAUUGGAAUAAAUAAAGGAAAGGUUUCAAAAA